CGAAUCAAGUGACCCCUAUCUCAACCGUUCCCUCGGAAGCAAAUAUUUACAUAUCGCGUAUUGAUUAUAGUAUUUGCUGCGCUCACCGAUCGAUAAAGAUGAGGGAAAGAGGGGGAAAUUUUGAGUGUAUAAUUGUUGACAGUUUAUUUCUUUUUUGGAUUCCCUCGCAAUUCUCCCCUGCCUGCAAGUAAGUGGACCGUCAAAAUGAAGUCGUAUAUGUUAUUAGCAAAUGUUUCAUGUUUGAAUGACUCUCACUACCAAGUAAGUAAAUCCAUGGGUUGGGUUCAUAAAAUAAUGUUAGUGAGGGACAGGUGUUACGAAUCCCACACUCCGAGCUUAAGACCUAGUGUGGUUGUUCACUGACCGAUUUUGUGUCUAUAAAAGAGUGAUCGCGCUGAUCAACCAUGAUUCUACUUUAGUAUAGAAGGCUACCUCUUAUACACUGCUUUUUCACACUGUCAGUUUGCCUCACAGAUUUAACUCUUAGUAUAGGCUUACACCACGGAAAUACUCUCAAGACCAUGAACUUUGGAGUGAGAAGCGUGGCAGUCAGUGACGGACGGGGAACUGCGGAAAUUUACAGGAGCCGAAAAUGCUACUCAAGAAAAUAGAAUCUGUACAUGGCUUUAGUGAGGGAUUGUUACUAUGGCCACCGUUAUGGGAAUAGUAUUAUUGUUUUAGGAACGCCCUUAGAGCAUUUCGGCCUGCACGUGGUCGGUCUGGUACGUCUUAAGACAUGCCCGAACAAGCCCAUGUGGGAGUGAGCACAGGUUUAUUGUCUGGCCCGAAUUACAACGGGGUAUGAUGGGUGCUCACAUAGGAGCCCAUUGUUGUAUCAGCCCCAAGGAGGCGACAAAAAUGUGGGCAGCAUGGUCACUUUUGCAAUGCCUGCAGCUGCCGGAAUAAACAGGAAAGUUUUUUUGUUGUUGUUUAAGAAUUGGAAACGGGGAGAAACUUGUCCGGUCGGUUUGGCAAGCAGGUGACGUCCCGAGGGCAAUACCGGAAAUGUUCGAGGUGUUUUAUCGCCUGCAAUAGUCCUACGUUUGGACCAGGAAAUGCCGGGUAAAUUGGCACCCGAUAUCAACAUAGCAACAGCCUUCAAGAAAGAGGAGAACAUUGGAUAGAUCAUCUGCGAGGGAAAAAUGGCCAUUUUGGAUUAUUCAGUGGUGCAUCGGUUGGUAGCCCUCAUCAGACGUGUGGUGGUUAUCAGGUUGGAGCACUAUGGGAGUCAAAGGCUUGCAGGGCUUUGCUGACAACUGCCCUGGUGUUCUGGUGCAAGUUAACAUAGCGCACCUUGCUGCAGACUUUCAGCGACACCAUGACAGGAAGCCAGUCCUCCUCGUUGACGGCAUGGGCUGUAUGCGUACAUUCUUCAGCCCAAGGACACCCUGGAUUUUCAGUGGGCAGUGGAAACUGUUACUGGACAGAAUUAAGUGUUUUGUGGAUGCUUUUACCGCAGUGGGGAUUGAACUAGUGUUUAUAUUUGAUGGCGUCAUUGAAAACUCGAAGAUUGCAGAGUGGGUCAAAAGACGAAAUGAAGAAAUCAAGAAGGUCGGCAAGAUCUUUCAGAGUAUCAAGAAGGAUGGUAGACAUCCAAAUGACAGUCUUUUGUAUCUUCCUUCUGGUCUUAGCUUUUUUUCUCAACAAGCCCUUAAGAUUCACGGUGCCACUGUUUAUAGUUCUGUCAUUGAGGCUGACAGGGCCAUUUUUCAAUUCUAUAGGAAGUACCAGGCCUUUGGUGUAUUGGGCCAAGACUCUGACUUCCUGGUGUACGAUAUCCACAACUACUUUUCACUGAAUUCUCUACAAUUUGAAAGGAGGCUUGAGGUUAAGAGAUACGACAGAGGGAGACUGUGUAGGCAGCUCUGUCUACAGCCCUUCCACCUGCCUCUCUUGGCCUGCCUGAUGGGCAACGAUGUGAUAGCCCAUGAAAGUUUAAGUGGCUUCCAUUCUCGACUCACGGGACGGCCAUCCAAUAGGUUCUCCGAUCUGCUGCCGGUUGUUGCCCGCUUCUUGUCAGAUCUGCAGAUUGGGUGCUUGACGCCAAAGGUUGUGGCAGAUUUAGAGCUGCGCGUCUUUGGCGAGGCCAAGCACAUGUUGGGGCUGAUGGACAAAGUGGUAAGCCAGUACGUUCAGUUGACUGAGCCUGAACCUCCUGCUGUUACACACGUCAGAAGCGGUUGUAUGGAACAACGCCAGGAUCAGGCACUUGUUAAGUCUUCACCUCAGUCUAGAUCUGGAUCCAGGGCAGGAGUUGAAGACCAGCUUACUUUUCAGGAUAAAAGCACAGCCUCGCAAUGCCAGACACAGCUGUUUGAGGCCUUGAGAAAGGCUCACGUGAACGCCAACAUCCCCUCCAGAAUCUUCAACUUGUUCUCUGACCACGUCUAUCAGCGGAGACCCGGGCUGGAGGACUCGACAGACUCCACCAUGCCUACAGCCGGCCUGCUGCUCCAACCGAUUCGUAAACGGAUGUAUGGAUUGAUUCUUGGGGUUGGGCCAGAGGAGGAUGUGAGCAUUUCACGGCUGCCAACCAGUGCCCUGUGUGGAGCCAGUGCGUCAGCAACGAGCUCCUCUUGCUCGGACACAACUGCCAAGCACCUUCCGAGUUUGUGUACACCACUGCAAGGGUUAGUGAUCGGUGUGAAUGCAGUGAAGGAAUGGGUUGCUUGUCCUGGCCACACCCUAGCCAUGGAGCCAGAGAUUGUGCAAGCAGAGCCCUUGAAUGUUCCAGGACGCACACCCCAGCUAGAGGCUUUUUGGCUGGGCCCACAGGCAGAGGCGUGGCCCUUGAAGCUACGGGUGUUCCUGGCCUGUAUGCACUGUGACCUGGACCCCGCCCUGCUCCACCGCCUCCCAGUACAUCUUAUACUCCUCUGCGUCCUCCUCCGCUACUUUGACCAGCACAGCACACCCAGGUUCCUCCGCGAGAACGACGUUGAUGCCUUUGUGGCCCAAGCCGUGUGUCUGCCGAUGUACACCCUGGCAAGUCUGGAGAAUCUCAGGAGGCCACGAAUUGAUACCAGGGGCGUACAGCUGGCCGCCCUCUUCUUGAGGGGCGUGUCCCUGGUCUGUGAGGUCAAUGGGGCCUGUGGCCGGCCUCUGGACAUGGCCAACCUGAUGCCCUGGCGCUUCUUCGACGGCAAGCUGUUCCACCUGAAGUACCUGAUGAGCCAGGGUAGGGUGUCAGUACAGCAACUCUGCGACAGAAAUGCAACAGCAAUUGAGGAUUUCUACUUGGUGAGGUCAUGUAUCUACUCCCGGGCACCGGUUUCAGAGCACCAGUAGGAGGACAAGUCAAGUGUGGCAAGUCAAGUGCAGGAGUAAACCAUAACUUCAAUUCAACAAGAAGCAACUGCAAAUUGAAUGAAAAGACUCCUGAAAAAUCUCUUUCUAUCGGGGCUUCAGCGCUUGGGAGGAAAAACUUGGAUUCUCUCAAAAUGAUUUUUAAAACAAACUGUGGCUGUGGAUGUAAAACUGAAAUGUAGGAAUGUUUCUAUGUAGAAAUGUUUCUAUGCUAUUUUAUACAGUAUUAAACUUGGAAAUUAGUUGCUACCAGUAAUUUUAAGAGAACUGUUUGGUAACAAACCCCUGCAAUGAAAGUACAGUCGUGUACAUAUAUGUUUCAAAUGCAUAGCCACUUUUUUAUGGAGUCUCAGUUAAGGCCGCUUAAAAAAAAAGUUUAGCAUUAGUCAUAUUUGCAAAAAACGAGGAGGUACGAGAUUUUUUUUUUUUAAAUACUUUGGUAUGAAUGGAUUGCAUGCUGAUCUGGACUGCCGCAACUACGGAACGAAAGUGUCAUGUUCACUUCAGACUCGUGCACAGAAGGGCACAUGACAAUGUGUGUGCACUAGGAUUGCAUGUUGUGCACAAUCCUGUGUGGACAUUGUAGAAACUACAGGGGAGGGCUAAGGACAUGGGAAAAGACAACUUUUAAAGAAAAACAAUAACAAAAAAAACCACACGGCAAGAUUUUUUCAGAGGUGGGAGUUGAUGCUAAACUAAUUAUUUUUUUAUGUGGCCUAAUUUGGGACUGGUAUUUUUAUGUGUUGACUCAUUGAAAGACCAUUGUGUCUUUGAAGUGUUGAAAGUAUUCGAAAGGGUGUUGUGUAUCAAUUGUGCUAUUUUAUGUCUGGAUCUCAGAUAAAUGUAGAAAAACAUUGCUCUGUUCAUUAAAUAACAUUUGGGGGGUUUACUUAUUUAAAAACUAACUGUAAACAAAAAAUAAGAAAUAUUUAUUUUUGAAAAAUUUCUAAGCAUGAAACUCGAACUCAAAAAAGAAAAAAAAGAGGAAAUAUCCACCCCUAAUUAGGCCAAUGUGGUAGCUGUUCAGUAUUUUGCAGGAAAAUUAAAAUACAUAAAGAAUUGUUGGCAGUUUUUCAAUUAAGUUGCACAUAACCAAUGAGGGAAUUAGUAAGAUUAAAGGAUAAACCUGAUGGCCUAGUUUGGAUGAUGGAUUUUCCUUGAAGCGAUUGGGAUAUUGCAGGAAUUUUGUUACUGUUACCCCAAACUUUGUGAAAGAUUUCCCAUUCGAUUCAAUUACAUUAUUUCCUCCUUGUGGCAAAAUACAGGUACAGGUACUAACAAUGUACAUGUAUGAGAUAACUAGGCCACUAAAGGUGGCAAAACCUUAACUAGGCCACUAAAGGUGGCAAAACCUUAACUAGGCCACUAAAGGUGGCAAAACCUUAA